UUGUUGGAUGUAUUUUCCCUCCAUAUGUCCGAACCAAAAAUUCCCUCCCUUGCGUCGUUUUCUAGUCGGCUACCGCUACCCAGCUCGCACGCACCCCCGCCCCGCCCCGCCCCGCCCCGCAUAUGUAUAUGCGUAUCUUCGCCAUGGAAUGCUAAAACCCUUGGAUGCGCUCUCUUGGAUUCUGUUAUUCCGAUUCCAGUGAAUUAAUCCCAUACCCCAUUUUAAUGGCUGCCCGUGGAGCGCCGACCCGCGAUGCUGCGGCAACGCCUCCGCAGAAGGCAGCGGCGGGGAGUGGCCAGAUCCCACACUACCACCACCAGCAGACGCCGCCCACCGCGACGAGGCGCCAUCUACCGUUCACGACGAUGAAGCCGCCCUUCGUUACCCCCAAUGACUAUCACCGUUUCUCCAAUCCUGGGCGCGCCGCCACCGAUCAUCUUUCGGAAACUAUUGUCGUAAAGUCAUCUCCUUUGAAACGGAAGACUGGGUACGAAAAUGAGGUGGAAUCCAGUGAGAGGACAGCAAGUUCAGGAUACAGUGAUAUGAAUAUAAGCCCAUUGGGUACACCUGUGUCUGGUAAAGGAGGAAGGACAAAUGGCCGUUCAAAGGUCACCAAGAACAAUAGAUCCAUACCGUCAACCCCAAUUUCUGGAAUUGAUGUUUCAUCCUCACCUACAAAUGCUGGCAGUUGCCGCUAUGAUAGUUCCUUGAGUCUUCUUACAAAAAAAUUUAUCAAUUUGAUAAAGCAUGCGGAAGAUGGAGAUCUUGAUCUAAACAAAGCAGCUGAUACUUUAAAGGUACAAAAGAGGCGGAUAUAUGACAUAACGAAUGUGCUUGAAGGCAUUGGCCUUAUUGAAAAGAAGCUUAAGAAUCAAAUUCAUUGGAAGGGAAUCGAUCCUUCAAGACCUGGAGAACCGGACAAUGAUGCUACUCUUUUGCAGGCAGAAAUUGAGAAUCUUUCCAUGGAAGAAAAAAGUGUGGAUGACCAAAUAAGGCAGAUGCAGGAAAGAUUGAGAGAUUUGAGUGAAGAUGAAAACAACCAAAAAUGGCUUUUUGUUACUGAAGAUGACAUUAAGAAUUUGGCCUGCUUUCAGAAUCAAACCCUCAUAGCUAUCAAAGCUCCACAUGGAACCACCCUCGAAGUCCCAGAUCCUGAUGAGGCCAUUGAUUAUCCCCAAAGGAGAUACAGAAUCAUACUAAGAAGCACAAUGGGCCCGAUUGAUGUUUACCUUGUCAGCCAAUUUGAGCAGUUUGAAGAGAUGAAUGGAGCUGCACAAUCUACAAAUACGAGUCUGGCGCCAAGUUCUGCAUCAAAUGAGAAUCCAGCCAUUGAGGGGUCUCACUUGGCCAACACUACAGCACAACUCGUUGUUCAGGGACAAGACAUCCAUGAUUCCAACUCAGAAUUCAUGGCUUCUCUAGAUCAUACCGGGGGAAUCACUAAAAUUACGCCCUCAAACAUAGAUAAUGAUGCAGACUAUUGGCUUUUAACAGAGGGAGAUAUUAGCAUCACGGACAUGUGGAAUGCAGAUUCUGGAAAUGAUUGGGGUGACUUACAUCUGCUUCAAGAAGAGAUGCAAAUGGCAGCCAUUGGUACACCAGGAACCCAUUCUCCGCAACCCGGUGCCCCCGAUUUGCCUCCUGCUGCUGACAUGGCGCCAUGACGGUCAACAUUGUAUAAUUUGUUUAAUCAUACAAUCUGAUUUUGAUUCAUGCUGCAUUCCUCAUCCUCCUCAUUAGACAGACUUCUAUAUCGAAGAAUCAAGAGGCGAGAAGAACAGUGGGAGCAAGUGAUCCCUCAGGAUUGAUUAAAGCUCCCACUUGAUCAUAUUGGUGAAACCAAUGUUCGAUCUUUACAUGUUGUAUGAGAUGAGAUGUGAUGGAUUGUCUGAAAAUAGAUGUGGGCUGCGUUGUGCUGUUUAAUUGACAUUAUUGUACAAGCUGAUCGAUACCGAUAUUACAUUUGUUUCCCCUCAUGAUGUAUUGACUCAAAUACAAGGUAAAAGUUAAAAUU